UUCUUUCAGGAAGAGACAACAGAAAGAAGCUGGACAUGAAUAUUAUACUUUCUCAAAUGGCAUUCAGGGUGUUCCAGCUGCGUCCAUGUUAACAGUCUGUUCAACACGUGAUUAUAACUCAGCAGCUUUAGAUAUCCAAAAGAAAUAUCGAGGAUGGAAAGGGAGGAAGGACUUCCUUGCUUUCCGUCAGAAAGUAGUAAAUAUACAGGCUCAUGUACGAGGCUAUCAGGUUAGAAAGCAAUACAAGGUAUGCUGGGCUGUGGGAGUUCUAGAAAAGGUAGUGCUUAGGUGGCGUAGAAGGAGAGUUGGACUUCGUGGAUUUCGACCGGAGGAAGAGUUCAUUGAUGAAAAUGAGGUUGAAGAAGACAUACUCAAGGUUUUCCGGAAGCAGAAAGUGGAUGCGUCAAUUGAUGAAGCUGUCUCAAGGGUCCUCUCAAUGGUUGAUUCUCCACAGGCACGCCAACAGUAUCAUCGCAUUCUUGACAAAUAUUGACAGGCUAAGGCCGAACUUCAAAGUGUGGA